AUGGCUGUUCGCGAUAGCUCUCUUCCGUUUUGUCGUUCGAAAUCUUCCAUCUGGUGGAGGGAUUUGAGAAACUUGCUGAAUGUUUGGUCAUUUGUUUCAUGCUGGUUUAGUAGCUGCGUAUCUUGUAAAGUGGGCAUCGGUGACGAGAUUGACUUCUGGAGAGAUUGUUGGUUAGCAGCGGAUCCUCUAUUCGUGCAAUUUCCUUCUUUGUUUCAGGUUUUGCUAGCUCCGAGAAUUACUAUAGCAGAGGCGGGCUACUGGGAGCGGUCCUCUUGGUUUUGGAAUUUCUGUCUUUUCCCUCCAGAGCUUUUGGGUGCAGCAGCGGCUGCUGACUUUGCUUCUUUGUCAGCUCUGCUUCAACAUAUUUCUCCUGUAACAUCAGUUGCGGACCGGUUUGUAUGGAAAUGGGACUCCGGUGGCUUUUCCGUCAAGUCCGCUUAUGCUAAUUUAAUGUUGUUUGCAAGGAGUCAGAUGCUGUUGGGUUUGAAUGAUAAAAAAUCAUUGAAUUGUAUUUGGAAAACUUGUGUUCCAUUUAAUGUAUCACUGUUUUCUAGGAGAUUGAUUUUGGCGUGCCUUCAAACUAAAGACGAGCUUGUUAAAAGAGGCGUUUUAACCGGGAAUCAUUGCCUUGCAUGUCCGCUUUGUCUGCAUCAUCAAGAAUCUCACCUUCAUCUUUUUGUUAACUGUUCGGUGGCUGAGGAGGUAUGGACUCUAAUCUUUGGCUGGAUGGGUUUCGUUUAUUCUAAGUCAAAUGUUGGUAUUUCGGAACAUUUGAUGCUGUUUGUAUCGGCGCUGCGAGGGAAGGUUAGGAAAGGGUUUCGGGGCCUUAUUUGGUUAGCUACUGUUAGGGCCAUUUGGCUAUCUCGAAAUGCGAUUCUAUUUAAGGGUGGUUCAAAAGGGAGUCAGGAUAUUGUAAUUCUAGCCAAAUCUGUUAUCACUGCUUAA